GAGUCGAGCCAUGAGGCGAUUGCGUGUUUGCGUGCGUGUGUAACUAGCUUAAAUGCUAUUAUUAACCAGUGCCCAAUAAAAACAAAAAAAACUAUAGACUCUGAGCCAUAAAAAGAAAGUACAACAUGAUUAUAAGGACUGGGAUAGUCGUUUUAUGUGUAAGCAUCACCCUAGCAGCGAAUGCUCCGAUGAACACCACGCCGGCUUUGAUGCUCUCCCCGUUUAUCAAACAAAAUCGCCUUCAGGAAGCAAGAAACGCAUCCUUAGUCAACAGCACACUCUUUCUUAACAUCACGAGCUAUGCCGGAUUCCUUACGGUUGACUCUUCAUCCAAUUCCAACAUGUUUUUCUGGUACUUCCCCGUGGCUGGGAAACCGGUUAAUGAGACGCCUUGGAUCAUUUGGUUGCAAGGAGGACCUGGUGCAAGUAGCUUGGCUGGGCUGUUCGAUGAAAUAGGCCCGUUUGAGUAUGAUGGUGCGCAGUUGAAACGGCGCCAGUGGUCAUGGGGCAACAACUACUCGCUGCUGUUCGUGGACAACCCGGUGGGUGCCGGAUUCAGUUUCACCGACAAGCAAGACGGAUUCGUGAAGGACAUGGAAACGUGCUCCAAGAAUCUCUACAACGCUCUUCAACAGUUCCUCACGGUUUUUCCUGAGUUAAGAACCGCACCGAUGUACAUCGCUGGGGAGUCCUAUGCCGGCCGCUACGUGCCGGCCUUCGGGUACAAGAUCUUGGAGGAGCAGCCUACGGGCAACGCGUCUAUCAAUUUCAAGGGUCUCACGAUGGGCAACCCAAUCAUCGAUCGCAUUGACGCCGCGAACAUCUCGUCGGUGUAUUACCACUGGGGUUUACUUGAUACACAAGGCUUGCUCGCCGUCAAACCACUGCAAGAUAAAUACAGUCAGGCUGUGGAACAGAACAACUUGCAUGAAGCUUGGAACCUCCGCGAUCAACUCAACGAUUUAUUGAUAGACAUCUCCCAACAACCCAACCACUUCAACCUGCUGAACGAGUCAGGCAAUCUUCGCGCAUUCACUGACUUCAUCGACCAGCCCCACAUAAAGGAGGCUCUUCACGUCGGUACCAUACAGUUCACGUUUAACAAUGGCUCAGUGGAUGAUGCUCUGAUGAAAGAUUUCCUUGGACCUAUUAGACCGAAGCUAGAAAAACUACUGGAACAUUAUAAAAUUAUGGUUUACUGCGGUCAACUGGACCUGACUGCACCGUGCGAGCUGGCCGCGGACUCUCGACGCAAGCACUGGCACUGGAGUCAUCGAGAUGACUUCCUCAAGGCCCCGCGACGGCCCUGGACGCUUAAUGGAACGUUGGCUGGCUACGUAAAAGAGGGCGGCGGUUUAACCGAGGUUCUGGUUCGCGGCGUAGGUCAUCUGGUUCCACUUGACGCUCCUGCAGCUUCGUACGCGUUGCUCCAACACUUCAUCCAAGACUACGACUUACCCUUACCCUCCGACUUCAGAGAUAAACCGGAAUAUACGCCGUUGUAUGUCGAUAAUCAACCAACCGAUCAACCUGCGCCAAAAAACAACGCGCUUAUAGCGUCAGUCGUGCUAAAUGUGCUCCUUAUAGUCUGCCUUAUUAGUGGCGUUGUCGUAUAUAUGAGAUUCAAAAGAAGAAGCGAGGCAUUUUUCUACAGUACCGUGGAGGACUCUAUAUCUGAUGGUAUUUUGACCAUGACGUGACAUUAAGUGCUCGUUUUUAUUAUUGUUAUAUUUUAAUUUGAAUUGAUGAUUUGUUGCCAAAAACGUUAUCCUAAAAGAUCAUCUUUGUUAUUUCUGAAUUUUAUAAAAUUAUUAUAAUUUCAUUUUUA